CGAGCGCCCCCCUACUAAGACUGAGUAGCCCCAAAUCCCAACCUAUAGAUGUCGGUAACACACCCCCGUCUUGUCUGCACACGCCCCCAAAAAAUCUAGAAAACCAGGCAACGAUCACAGCAUGAAGGUCGGUCUUGGUAUAAAUGCAGCUGUCCGUGACGUUGCGGGGCCGAGCAGUUCGCGAUACGCAGAGAUGCACGUCUUCGGUGCACAUAGACAAGGGAGGUAGGGAAGUGCAGAGCUGGGACCAUGCGAUCUGGGGCCUCGAUUUGGGCCUGGUGGAGAGGAGUGCAGUGGAUUCGAAUCAAUGAUGGCCGACUUGGCGGCUGGGAACUAGCCAGGUGCAGAGCAGAAACACGGCGACGGGGAGAACAGGUCUGACUAUUCCAUAGACUAUUAACACUAUAGCAGAUGCCUUUGGUGCGGAACAAUUACCACCCUAGCGGACGCCAUCUUGUUGCCGAAACUGGAGAACAAAGGGGGGGCGUUUCCUUCACUGGGCUGCUGAAGGAGUUGCUAACUGGAAUAAGUGCAUGGGCAAGUUUCCUGCCCCUUUCUGACAACCAACCAAUCCUGGUAAGCCAUCCAUGGUUUUGUCCCGACCACCCACCUCCCGCUUUCUGAGCUUGUUUGGGAAGCAGCCUUUCGGGAUUCCCAUGCUUCCACGUUGGACUCGCAGCUCGGUACAUGUACUGGAGAGGGGUUUUGCUUUCCACGGAAUAGAAACACUGGGCUCUCCGCGGAAACUACCAACAGAUCGAGACAGCCUACUGGGUCGUGAGGCAGAGACGAGACCCGAAGGCCUCUCUCACGCGCCCGCCUCCGGGUCCCAACUCACUCAUCAGCACCAACAGGCACAGACGAGGCAACUGAGCGGCGCUGCCAGCGAAUCUGACUUGGGGAAAUCGCCUGCUGCUAUUAAUACGAACAUCUCGUCUGGAUCCUGCCGUCGGGUGUGGAGCCGAAUCCUCGCUCGCACUUUUGAAUUUGUUUGGUGUCCGCGCCGAUCGCUUCCUCAUCAUAAAAUCCAGAUUAGACCCGAUUAUAAAAUGUGGCCUUGGUCACGGCUCUUAUGCGCAAACGUGUCAAAGGGCGGGCCUGACAGGAGACUACCGACACAGAGGACCUGCUCACUGCAGCAGAGAAGGAUCCGUCCCGGAAUGUCAUGUUGCGGCAUGGUGCCGAGAUGCUCGGCGCUUGCAGCAGGCCCCGCUGAUGCGAAUCAUCGUACAUACGUAUUCAAUCGAAUCACCAAUACCCUUAACCAAGCAAGGCUCAACCUCCGCAAACUUACCUUAAUUGACUUCACUACACAGGCGCAUUCUCCACACAUUUAGGGAUCGUGCCGCAAGCCUAUUAUCCUCUAUUCAUUCCGUUAAACAUCCUGCUCGGAUUAUAUAAGACUACUAGUGUCUCUAGGAGACGGCCAUGGCCUUCCCGAAUGCGGUUCACUCGUGAGGAUUCGAUGCUGACUGACACUGACGAUAGAGCGAUAAAGCAGCCGCCUGGCAGCCGGCACUGGCACUCUAGUACUAGUGUAGAUUCGGGGGGGAUACGUAUCGUUCCAUUUGGCCCCCAGUCCCGGCGUUUCAUGUUUUAGUGCGCCCACUUUGGAAGCUUCCCGGAAAGGGUCACAUCUGGGGGGCACUGUUAAACACAGACACGAGAUUCGUCGAGCCGUCGGUGAUCUUCGUUGCGCUGAGAAGAAUAUUAAUGCGCGACGUAUUCAGCCCAGCGUACUUCGCAAGUUUCUCUCGGGUCGUCGACCUCAGCUCUGGUCAGCCUUCUAUAUAUUCGUGCUGCUUUGCCUCUUUAUUAUUGCAACCUACCGCGGACCUACUUGGCGUUUGGAAGGGUCAGGUUCAUGACAAUGCCGCGCAAUUUUAACAGCGGGCAAGAUAUUGCUGGACGGAGCUGCGCGCGCGCGAGCGCAUUGACCUCGAUCGGCCUAUCGCGCGACGUUUCCCUCAACGGGAAUCCAUUUCGGCGACAUGCGAGCUCAAAUAAUAUUUCGAUCUGAACCAUGAUGGAUGCGCAAGUGGUGCCGAGACAAUUACUUAUACAAUAUUCUGUGACGAGGGCGCGCGAGCAAGGCGUCGAUAAUCUCCCUACCGAGCUGCUGCUCACAAUAAAAAGAGUCUUGGUCUUACUAUGCGCCGCUCAAGGGGAAAGCAUGUCACAUAAUAGGGGUUUCCCGUUGGGUUGAUCUCAGAGCGGUUUUGGCCCAUGAAACUUCGCAUUUGAAGCAGAGACAAGAUAAGACCGCCCAAACUAACAAGUCCGACUCGCAAAAGGCAACAGUGAUGUGAGGUAAUGGGAUGAUCGGUUUAUUCGUACUGUCAACGAAUUAUUGAACAAAUAUUCAAGGCACUGGUCCGCAGCUUUUCUCCGGUCUUUAUCUGUUAUUUUUGGUAUUCUCCUG